UGCCCCAGCAGCAGCAGCUGCAGCAGCUGGAGCCACAGCCCGAGUGCCAGGGUCCCGUGGAGGCUGAGGCCAGGCAGCUGAAGAGCUGCAUGAAGCCAGUGAGGCGCAGGCCUAACGAGGAGGAGCUGAGAAUGAAGAACAUGGAUGAUAAUAGCCCUGCUGUGGAGCAUCCUGAUGUCCAGGAGUCAGUGGGUCCCCUGGUGGCCCCCACCCCUCUCCGUCCAUGGCCCCAGAUGACACUUCAGGUUUCUGAAGUUACAGUGACUGGCAGCCUCCCAGAAGAAGGUGACGUCCACAGAAGCAGUCCACCUGUGGCUUUUACAGAGGUCCCCCAGGCACCGGUCAUCAGGAUUCCCCCCUCCUCCCCUUUCUGUGGCCUGGGUGGCUCCCCCAGGGACCAGGCCUCAGGGCCCGAUGCAAGUGAGGAGGCCGCCGGGCCUUUCCUGGAACCCAGCCAGCAACAGGUGGUGGCUACAUGGGAAGUAUCGCGUGAGAAUGGAGGGGGUCGAAAGGACCCCGUGGUGGGGGUUAUUAUGGAUGAGCCCCCUGGGGGGCUGGAGGUCGUAAGUGGGUUGGAGGAGCUGCUUGGUGAGGACACCAUUGACCAGGAGCUGGAGCAGCUCUACCUGUCCCACCUGAGCCGCCUGCGGGCUGCCGUGGCUGCAGGUGGGGCAGGGAGUGGUGGGGAGGGCACUACAGAUGGGGGGAUGUCCCCCAGCCACCCCCUGGGCAUACUCACGGACCGCGACCUGAUCUUGAAGUGGCCUGGCCCCGAGCGAGCCCUGAACAGUGCCCUGGCUGAGGAGAUCACGCUGCACUAUGCCCGGCUGGGGCGUGGCGUGGAGCUCAUCAAGGAUACUGAAGAUCCUGAUGAGGAUGGGGAGGGUGAGGAGGGGCUCUCCAUCACACCUUCCAGCCCAGACAGGGACAGCCCCAAAGAAUCACCUCCGGAAAUCCUCUCUGGGGCCCCUUCUGUGGUAGCCACUAUGGGAGAUGUGUGGUUUCCAUGGGCCGAGGGCUCGGGAGAUGACAGCCCUAUGGUUCUGGGUACAAAAGGUCAGGUCACUGGGGAUCCAGAGAAAGGGAUGGGCAAGGACACUGACUCUUUGCACAUGAAUAGGAUGACCAGGUCUUCUGGGGAGGCCAGGACAGAAGCCCAGAUGGAGAUCACCACUGAGUUUGCAGACAACUUGGUUCCUAUAUCUGGCAAGGAGCCAGCUACUUUGGUCCUGCAGGGGCAAAACCCCACCCUCCUCGAUCCUUUGGGGACUAAAGUCUGUCCUAGUGUGGCCAGGCCCCAUGUAAGCUCCCAGGAUGAAGAAAGUGCAGGCCCAAGUCUUGAGUCCCCAAAGAGGUCUCUCACCCUAGCAGUCCCUGAAGAAUAUGUGUGUGGAUUGCCUCCCCAGCUCCGGGGGCCCUUGACCCAGACUCUGGGGGUUCUGGCUGGACUGGUUGUGGUCCCUGUGGCUCUGAAUAGUGGUGUGUCCCUCCUGGUGCUUGCACUGUGCCUCUCUCUGGCCUGGUUCUCAUAGGGGCUGCUUUUGGGAUCAGCUUCCUACUCUCUGGUUUCUGGGAGGGGCAGCCCCAGCACCACCCCAGAGGGUUGAGAUGGGAUAUAUGGCCUGUACAGUGAAGGAACCUUGGUCCUUUGCUUCUGAGAAUGCUUGAUGAGAGAUGCCUUCCCAUCCCUGACCUCUCCAGUCAGCAUAGGGCUCCCUGCAAUGAUACCACUGGGGAGAGGAACAGAGGAUGGGUGGAUGGUAUGAGUGAGAACUUUUAGAAUGGAACUGGGCAUGUCUUCCCCCUCCAGCCCCCCAAGCCUGUAUUUAUUUUUAUAUAAUUCUCUGGAUGAGGGAGAGUGGUCGUGAGCUGGUCUUGGGGCACAAUUACCCAGAGAUAUAUUUAUUAACAGCCAACCUGUGCAACUUGCUGGAGCUUUAUUUUUAAUUUAAUUUAUAUAGAGUACCUAUUAUUAUAUGCCAUAAUAGAGCUCUAUGAGAAAUGACGUGUCUUGCUGUGCAGUGUUCUCCUGUUUGGGCCUGAGUGUGCAGGGUGGUCACGUUCUGUGGGAGGAUCACAGUGGGGAGUGGGUGAGGUGUGGUCAUGCCUGCUGCUGCCGCUGCUUCAACAUAUCCUGGAGGGUCUGUGUCUCCUCACCUUGUGGUCCUAAUCCAUGUGGUCCUUUGGUCUUUUCCACAUUCUGCCUGUGAGAGCCUGCAUGUGUUCAUAUGGGUGGUGGUGGUGGGAACCAGGAAGGAAGAGUCGUGGCCACAUGAGCAUUUGGUAUCAGUCAUGUGGCUGCAGUGGUGGCUGUGGUCAGUCGUGGAUGUGGGGACAUCAGUUGUGAAUCAGCCACAAGUUUUUGAGGUUACUGGAAAACAGACUUUGACAUCAGCAGGGAGACCCCUCAGCCCCUAAGAUAGGGAAGACAUCAGAAAGGACAAAGGAAUUAAUGUACUGUGAAAAGUUCAUACUAGAGUUGCUGUCCACAGCCAUCACAUUUCUACUCAAAAUAGGAAACCCAGAGGUUUUGAAAGAAAGAAUAGAUAUGUUUACUGCAUGCAAAUAAAAACUCUUUGCAUAGCAAAAUA